AUGACAGUCUACGUAGUCACCGGUGUGUCCAAGGGUAUUGGAUUUGAACUCCUCAAGCAAAUCUCACAAGACCCGGAGAAUCUCGUUGUCGGUCUGGUUCGCGACCAGGCGUCUACCAAGAAGAAAGUGAUUGCAGAAAUAGGCGAACGUCCAAACAUCCAUAUCCUCAGUGGAGACCUCACCAGUCACGCUAGCCUACAGCAAGCCGCUGCAGAGACCACCGAGAUCGUCGGUGAACGCGGUGUCGAUUAUCUCAUUGGCAACGGAGCAUUUCCGUCUCUCUUUGAUGCCUUCGACCCCAUCGGCGCGUUGGGCGACAAAGUCGAGGAACUAGAACAAGUCUCCUCGAAGCUGUUCAUGACCAACGUGGUCGGCAACAUCCAUCUCUUCAAUCUCUUCCUGCCUCUUGUCAUGAGAGGUAAGGUGAAGAAGGUCAUCGCCAUGUCCAGCGGCCAUGCAGAUCUCGACUUCAUCAACAAUCUUGAGGUCGAGAACAGUUCCUUGUACGCCGCAUCCAAGGCGGCUCUGAAUGCAAUUGUCGCAAAGUUCAACGCGCAGUAUAAGAAAGACGGCGUUCUUUUCAUGAUCACCCCCGACCAGAUGCAAGGUCUGAUGAACUUCAUGGGCAAGAUUUCGACCUACGCACCUGAUUUCAAAGGCGCAACACCUGUUGAGGAUGCUAUUCCGAUUAUCAGGUCGACAUGGGAGAAGGCCAGCAUUGAGGAUGGGUAUGGUGGUGCAUUUGUCUCCCACCACGGAACCAAGCAGUGGCUUUAG